ACUGCUGGGCUGCACUGGUGGGUGGGCACAGGUGGGCGGCACUGGUGGGCACAGGUGGGUGGCACUGGUGGGCACAGGUGGGUGGCACUGGUGGGCACAGGUAGGUGGCACUUCUGGGCACAGGUGUGUGACACUGCAGAGUGGCACAGGUGGGUGCACUGCUGGGCACAGGUGGGCGGAACUUGUGGGUGGCACUGCUGGGCACCGAUCAUCAGGGCACUGAUCAUCAGUGGCCCUGAUGAUCGGUGCCGAUCCUCGCUCUGACAACUGCCGGUUCUCGGCAGUACUUUCCUCACGAUCUGACAGCGUGAGGAAAGUGCAGCCAAGAACCGGCACUUGCAU